AUGCAGUUAGUGCCAUCAGAUGAGUAUAUCAGCCUGUCAGUGCCAGUGGCUUUCCAAAAACCUACUCCUUUUACACGGAAAACCCGGAUUAGAGCCUUUGUUCAGGAAGCUGAUAAGUAUGAGUCUGAAGAUGAGGAGCACAAAAAGAAGUUGGAGGCAAAUAAUGCUUUGGAGAAUUAUGCAUACAACAUGAGGAACACAGUGAAAGAUGAGAAGAUUGGUGAUAAGUUGACUUUGAGUGAUAAUAAGAAGAUUGAGGAUGCGAUUAUCUGGUUGGAUACGAACCAGUUGGCUGAGGCGGAUGAGUUUGAGGAUAAGAUGAAGGAUAUUUUUCCCUUUUGA